UGCUCUAUCACCACCCAUUCUCCUGACGUCUCUGCUUCCACGUCUCUCUUGUGUGUGUGUGUCCCGGUGAGGUGUGCAGCUUCCCCGGGGGGAAGGAGGAGGAGGAGGAUCGGGGUCAUGGCGGUGGUGUCCGGAGCAGGGGGCGGCGGACCAGUGGCGCCUGCUAGCGUACGAGAUGGGGCCCGGAUAGCCGUGCUAUGCAUUCUCUGGUACUCGGUGAGCUCUGGUGGCAACGUGGUGAACAAGAUCAUACUGAACGGCUUCCCAUACCCAGUGACUGUGUCCCUCUUCCACAUCCUGGCUAUCUGCUGCUUCCUCCCACCGAUGCUCCGGGCAUGGGGGGUCCCGCACACCCAGCUGCCCGCCCGAUACUACCGCUGGUACAUAAUCCCGCUGGCCUUCGGGAAGUACUUCGCCUCAGUGUCCGCGCAUUUCAGCAUCUGGAAAGUGCCCGUGUCUUAUGCACAUACCGUGAAGGCCACUAUGCCAAUAUGGGUGGUGCUUCUUUCAAGGAUAAUAAUGAAGGAAAAACAGUCUACUAAGGUGUACGUCUCCCUGAUUCCAAUCAUAGGAGGGGUCCUGCUGGCCACCGUUACAGAGAUCUCCUUUGACAUGUGGGGUCUGAUCAGUGCAUUGGCUGCAACGCUCUGCUUUUCUCUGCAGAACAUCUUCUCCAAAAAGGUGCUCCGAGACUCUCGGAUUCAUCAUCUGCGCUUACUCAACCUCCUAGGUUGUCAUGCUGUGUUUUUCAUGAUCCCCACAUGGGUGUUAUUAGACCUGUCAUCCUUUUUAGUGGAUAAUGAUCUGGCUUCUGUUUCCCAAUGGUCAUGGACGCUCCUCCUCCUCGUGAUCAGUGGAACAUGCAACUUUGCCCAGAAUCUCAUUGCUUUCAGCAUUUUGAACCUUAUUAGUCCGCUCAGUUAUUCUGUGGCAAAUGCCACCAAAAGGAUCAUGGUCAUCACAGUAUCUCUCAUUUUGCUUCGUAAUCCUGUGACUUUAACCAAUGUUCUUGGAAUGUUGACUGCAAUUCUUGGAGUAUUUCUUUAUAACAAGGCCAAGUAUGAUGCUAACAAAGAGGCAAAGAAGCAGUUACUUCCUCUUGAAAGUUCUGAAAUUCAGGGACUGGAUCACCACCGUGAUCUUCCUGAAAAGCUGCAGAAUGGAAUACCCUCCUUUACCCCUGGAAGGGACUAUCAGUAUGGUCGGACCAGUGUACUGACUGAUCACUUUCAGUACAGUCGACAGAAUCAUCCCAACACACACAACAGAUAUGAUGUCUGAAGCAUCUUUCCUAACAAGCAUUCCCUCCUUAUCCCAGCUUCAUUCCCCUUAUUCCGAAUGCAGCAAGGCAGAUUGUGUUCUGCACCGUUGGCCAACUCGCCGAUCAUUGUCUCCUUUUAGAAUAUGACGUGUUGCUUGCUCACUGGAAGCAGAGGAAUGACGACGAGGAAUUUUAUCGGCCAUGGUCAAAUGUGAUCCAAUCCUCAAUUGAAUUGUUCCGUUACUCCCACAUCUUCAGAAGUAUCUCAAGGCUGCUGCAUGCAAUUCUGUGACCUUUUAAGAAGUGGAAUCCGUUUUUUGUUUUUCCUUGUAAGCCUUUUUUUUAUUUUUUAUCCCCCCCGCAAAUCAAUUGUAUAAAAAGACUUGAUGCCAAAUGUGGCUCAUUCUUGGAUUUUAGAACUGUACAUUGGAGUGUAAAAUAGUUGUGAGUAUACCUUACCCAUUUCUUCAGAUUUAGAAGGGAUCGUUGAAAUUGAUGCUCUCUAUAUUGAGGGUAUUUUUCUGUGAUAAGCAAGAAGAGGGCAUUGAUGAAGAGUAAAGAAGUUGCUCUAUCCCGUAGCUGUAUGUAGGAAACAAAUCUGAUUGCUAGGAGUUGGUUUUUGCACAGUUUACUACACACCUAAAACGUUUUGCACAUAAAACAGCACAAUUGUUGCAUCAGAAUAAUGGUUAUAGGAUAUAAACAUAGAACUGGCACAACUGUGUUGUGACCUGUAGUAAAAAUGUGAUUUUGGAGAAGUAAACCAUUAAGGCAAGUAUCCACCGCCAGUCUAAAUGUAAGACCGCUUCCUUGCUGGCUUAAAUUUAGACCAUUUUCUACGACUAAAAUAGGCAUAGAAAAUGAUGAGAGAUGGGCCUGUUGGCCUGUCCCCUUCACUGCCCACACCUGGU